CUAAAACGUACCGCAUAAGUCAUUCCGCCACUUUCUCUCUCGGCCGAUCAAAUGGUUGCGAAUGGAACGCCGGCGCCGCGAUUCGCCAGUGGUUGCAGUGAAUUGCAGGCCAGCCGCCUCCAACUCUCACUUCCGCUGCCCGAUGUUCUCAAACACUCCUUCCAAGUCGUCGACGGUCCGCCUAGCUCAUCCGCCGGGAAUCCAGAUGAAAUUGCAAAGCUUUUCCCAAACCUCUUCGGCCAGCCAUCAGCAUUGCUCGUGCCUAGUGAUACGUCGGCAGCUGCUUCUGAUCAAAGCUUAAAAAUCGGUGUUGUUCUUUCUGGAGGGCAGGCUCCUGGUGGACAUAACGUCAUUUCUGGACUUUUUGAUUAUUUGGAGGAAAGAGCACAAGGUAGCACACUGUAUGGUUUUCGGGGCGGUCCUGCAGGAAUCAUGAAUAGUAAAUAUGUUUUCUUGACAUCCGACUUUGUUCGUCCUUACAGAAACCAAGGUGGCUUUGACAUGAUCUGCAGUGGGAGGGACAAGAUAGAAACCCCUGAACAUUUCAAAAAGGCUGAGGAGACUGUGAAUAUGCUUGAUUUGGACGGACUUGUUGUCAUAGGAGGAGAUGAUUCAAAUACCAAUGCAUGUCUUCUUGCUGAGAAUUUCAGGGAAAAGAAAAUGAAGACACGAGUCAUCGGAUGCCCCAAGACAAUUGAUGGUGACCUGAAAUGCAAGGAAGUUCCUACAAGUUUCGGAUUUGAUACAGCAUGCAAGAUAUAUUCAGAAAUGAUUGGGAAUGUUAUGGUAGAUGCUCGUUCAACUGGGAAAUAUUAUCAUUUUGUGAGGCUUAUGGGCCGAGCUGCUUCGCAUAUAACACUGGAAUGCAGUUUGCAGACUCAUCCGAAUAUAACCAUCAUCGGUGAAGAGGUUGCAGCAACGAAACAAACUCUGAAGAAUGUCACAGAUUAUAUCGCAGAUGUGAUAUGUAAACGUGCUGAACGUGGUUACAACUAUGGUGUUAUACUCGUACCUGAAGGCUUGAUUGAUUUCAUCCCUGAGAUUCAACAACUGAUCUCCGAGCUUAAUGAAAUACUAGCUAAUGAUGUUGUUGAUGGAGAUGGGAUGUGGAAGAAGAAACCCGGUAGCCAAUCUCUCCAGAUUUUUGAACUUCUACCACAAGCAAUUCAAGCACAAUUGCUACUCGAAAGAGAUCCACAUGGAAACGUGCAGGUUGCUAAGAUUGAGACAGAAAAAAUGCUCAUUGAAAUGGUGGAGACUGAAUUAGAAUUUAGAAGGAAGCAAGGUGUAUACAAAAACGACUUCAGAGGACGAUCUCAUUUUCUCGGAUACGAAGGUAGAUGUGGUUUGCCUUCGAAUUUUGAUGCCAACUACUGCUAUGCAUUGGGUUAUGCUGCUGGGGCUCUCCUUCAUUCUGGGAAGACUGGCCUCAUUUCCUCUGUGGGAAACUUGACUGCACCGGUCGAGAAAUGGGCUGUAGGUGGUACAGCGCUGACGUCUCUUAUGGAUGUUGAAAGAAGACAUGGAAAGUUCAAGCCUGUCAUCAAGAAGGCUAUGGUGGAACUUGAAGGUGCUCCUUUCAAAAAGUUUGCAUCGAUGCGUGAAGAAUGGGCUCUCAAUAAUCACUACUGCAAUCCAGGUCCUCUUCAGUUUCAGGGUCCAACAUCAAACGUCACAAACCACACUCUGAUGCUGGAACUUGAUGCCGGUGCUUAAACUAAUGCAAUUAGGCUUAAUAAUACCCUAUUUUGUUUUCAUAUUCUGGAUUUUUCAUGAGUA